GAUUUGUUGAAUAUAUUUAAUCUUCAGUGUCACUGUUAUACAAGUUGUGUUGAUAGAUUGUAUGUUUAUGUUACAGCUUUGUAAAUAAAACUUCUUUUUUCAGUUUUCUAUAAAAUAUAAGUUUUUUUAAAACAUGGAAAACGAUAGCCCUGUAAUAUAUGGCCUUGAAUUUCAAACAAGAGCAUUAUCAGCUCAAACGGCAGAAACGGAUAUUGUCAGGUUUUUAGUUGGGACACAAUCAUUGAAAUUUAAUAACAAUCAAGUUCAUUUAGUAGAACUUAAUGAAGAAACAGGUGGCUUAAAGACUCAAGUAUUUCAUCAUCCUAUUGGAGAAAUUUGGUCUUUACAGGCUUCUCCUACAGAACCUAAUAUAUUUACUACAUGUUAUAACACUUUAAGUGAUGAUGGUUCUUGUCAAAUGAAAGGAGCCCUUUGGAAACUGCCAGAAUUAAAAGAAUAUACAAAUAAUGUUGAAAGUCUUAAAAAAUUAGCAGAUAUUGAUACUACUCCUCAUGGUACAGACCUUAAAACUAUUGCUUAUCAUCCUAUGGAUUCAACAAAGGCUGUUUCAGUUGUAGACAAUAAAUUUAUAUUAUGGGAUCUAACUGAUAAUGGACCACAGGCUACUACUUCUGGUACUUUAGCUAGUAAAGGUCAGCCACGUUUCACAAAUGGAAAAUGGAAUCCUCAUAAUGGUUGCAAUCAAUUUGUCACACUGAAUGAAAAUAAUGUUCGUGGUUGGGAUUUUCGAAAUCCUGCUGAAGCAUCUUGGACAAUUUUAUCUGCCCAUUCUCAAAUAAUUAGAGACUUAGAUUUUAAUGUGAAUCGUCAAUAUAUUCUAUCUACAUGUGGAGAUGAUGGAUAUAUGAAAUUUUGGGAUAUUCGAUCACCUACAGAACCUAUAUUAUCUCGCAUGGAACAUUCACAUUGGGUUUGGAGUAUUCGAAUUAAUCGUUUCCAUGAUCAAUUGGUUUUAACUUCAAGUAGCGACUCAAGAGUAAUAUUAUGCAGUAUUGCAUCAAUAUCUUCAGAACCUUUUGGGCAUAUAGUAACUCCUGAAGAUGAUUGUGCACAAAAUGAUUACAAUUGCAAGAAAAACAAGCUUGAAGAUGGAGUUGUCGGUAGGUAUGAAGAACAUGAAGAUAGUGUUUAUGCAGUUGAAUGGUCAUCUGCUGAUCCUUGGACAUUUGCAUCAUUAAGUUAUGAUGGUAGAUUAGUUCUUAACAAAGUUCCCAGGAAGUACAAGUAUCAAAUACUUCUUUAAAUUAAUGAAUUUAUAUUGAUUUGGUAUCAAAUUAAUUAAUAAAUUAAUGUAUUUGUUCCGAUUUUU